AUGCUCUGUGCUCUUCCUGAUAUUCCCAGGCAUAAGGGAGCUACUGGGGUCAGCCAGAUAAUUAUUUGGAAGAGAAAAGGAAAUGCAGAAAGCACAGGACAAGGUGGUAGCAAGGUACCUACAGUUGGGUACUGCUUCACAGGACUGUUGCAUUUUCCAGGGCACUCAAUAAACAAUGCUGCAGGAAUUAAUCGGGCUUCUGCAGGCACACCACCAAUGACAAAGGACUCUACAUCAGUUGUUAACCUAAUUAUUCCACAAACUCUUAGGAGUAGCCUUUUCCUGCUCCCAUGCUGUGCUCAAGGUAAACCUGCAAGAAUUCCUCCAUCACCUGGUUUUGUGCACUUGCCUGAAGAGUGGCUAGAUGAAGGAUUUACACCAGGUUUUCUACAGCUGGUUGAUAAUGAAAUGGAAGAUGUUAUCCAUCAAUUGGAACAUCAGAUUUCCAGACUUGAAGGAGUCCUCCUCCACUUGAAAAAGAUUAUAACACCAUCUGGAGGAAAAAUAUUUGCUAACAAUAGGAAAAAAGCUGCUUUCCAUACUACACUGAAAAAAUGCAAAGAGGCUGGAGGGUCUGUUGCCACUCCAAGGAACCCAGGUGAACAUGAUGCCAUUCUGUACUUUGUGAAAAGUUUUGAUACCUACACCUACCUAGGGAUAAAGGAAUCUCUAAUUCCAGGCAUAGUCCAGUUCCUGGAUGGUACACAGCUGAGCUAUACUAACUGGCAUUUAAAUGAACCUUCUGUCAAAGGGGAAAAGGAAUGUGUGGAGAUGUACACUGAUGGCACUUGGAAGAACAGAAGUUGUAGCCAGAAUUGCCUUAUUGUCUGUCACUUUUAG